UGAGUUUAAACGUACUUCUCCAACAGCUCCGAAAAACCUCAUUUUAUCACGGUAAACCUUGUCAGUUCGGGUCCGCUAAAUCAAUCGGUAAAUCGCUAAAGGUUCGCACUAAAGUCCACUGUACUAGAUAAAAUAUUUGGCGACGAGGUAAUCGCGAAAAAUUAGCGCGUGUGUGACAAAAAAAAAAACUGGCAGUUUUCCAAAGUGCAACGCAUAGUGAGCAUUCAUCGAUUGGGAGUGAGCAUCAUCCACAUGCGGUAGCGUCCAUCCAGCGGAUUUCGGCAGGCGAACAAUUAACCGGCAGCAGCGGGUUUUAGACGGAGAGGAAUUCGCUUUUCUUUCUUGGAGCACCGCGCGCCGCAUUGGUAGAGGCUUUGGGACCCGUCGGCACCGUGACAAUUUUUUUUGCAGCUGUUUGGCCGUUUCGUUUAGUUUCGCUGGCGGAUUUACAAUUCGAUCGUGAAGAGCGUCUCUUUCGACCCGUUUGGAAUCGUUCCGUGCGGAGUUGGACUGUUGCUAACUGGCCAUCGUGACGAGAGCGACGACGAUAUCGGCGAAGAGCAGCCGCUGGUCCGGACGAUUUAUUUCAUUUUUCUGGAGGUUGCGUUCGUCGGAGUUUGACGGUAAAGCUACCAGGUUUCGGAAACUGGUCGAAUUGUAGUUGAAACGAUGUCUUACGUAGCUCCGAAUAUUGAUCCGUUCCGCAAAGGACAAACCUUCGCGUCCUGGUUCAAGCGUCUCGGAUUCCAUUUUCGCGUUAACAAAGUAGCGGAAGCAGACAGGAAGGAUCAAAUGUUCCUCUUAGGAGGCGAUUUUCUGUUCGAAGUGGCUCAGAGCUUGUACCUUAAUGAUCAGUUGCUUGAUGCAGCACCUUUUGAUGAAUUGAUCGAAAAGCUGAAGCAAAAGCUGGACAAAACAGAUUCCGCUUUGAUCCAGCGUUUUAAAUUUGGGUCUCGGGUACAGCAACCUGGUGAAACAGCCAGUGACUUCCUGUUUUCACUAAAACUCCAGGCUGAGUACUGCAAUUUCAAGGACGACAAGCAGGAUCGCAUACUGGAUCGAAUCUUGAUAGGCUUGUCGGAUGACAACUUAAGACAGAAAUUAUUGUCAGAGGAUAGUGAAAAAUUGAGUUUGACUCAGGUCGAGAGAAUGGUGACUACAUGGGAGAUGGCCGCUUCUAAUGCGAGGGUUUUGACGCAGGAUGGUCCUUCAGGGCAAAUUGCCUCUAUUGUUGGAGGGCGAGGAGCACUCUUGCAGCGUAUUAAGGAUCUAGCUCAGGGUCGUGGACCAGUCAAGAGUCGCCUAGGGUUCAAUCCUCCAUCCGUUUCUCCUGCAAGAGGUAUUCAGCGCAGCGCCACAUCCCACAGGUACGAUGAUCGUAGAAACCAUUCUUCGCAAUCCAGGCAGUCUAGACAGGGGCGGUUCCAGGAGCAACGGAAAAGAUACCAGGAUGCUGAUAUUCGACCGGCGGAGUCCAAGAACGAUAAGCGGAUUGUCAUCGAUCAAAGAGUGUGCCACUAUUGUGGAGUGCGUGGACACGUCAAAAGGAAAUGUUUCAAACUGAAACAAUAUAAGAGAGACCCAGUCAAUCACGUCAACAUGGAGGAGCCCAGUACAAGCACGGAUUAUAAAUUGUCCACUAUGAUGAAUCGUAUGUCAUGGGACGACAAAAGUGAUGAUUCAGAUAAAGGUGAAUUACAGUGCAUGCAUGUUUCGUCCAUUAAUAAUAUAAGUCAUCCAUGUUUACUAGAACUAACUAUUCAAGGUAGCACUGUACAGAUGGAGAUUGAUAGUGGCUCCGCUGUUUCCGUGAUUGGGAAGAAGCUAUUUUUGGCUAAAUUCGAUAUUCCCCUUGAGAAAAGUUUCAAAAAUUUAAUUGUGGUAAACGGUUCCAGAUUGAAAAUUGCUGGUGAAGUUAUUGUUUCGGUUGAUUUUAGGAAUAAAAGGGUAAAAUUGAAACUUUUGGUUUUAGACUGUGAACAUGAUUUUAUUCCUUUAUUCGGGAGAACCUGGUUGGACGUUUUCUUUCCCAACUGGCGAAAUUAUUUUGAUAAACAAGUUACAGUAAACAAAUUAAUUGACAACAAAAGCAACGAUGUGAUAAAUUAUGUUAGAACUAAAUUUUCUGAUGUUUUCAUUAAGGAUUUUUCGACUCCCAUUAAAGGUUAUGAAGCCGAAUUGGUUUUAAAAACUGACACACCUAUUUUUAGGAAAGCUUACGACGUUCCCUACAGAUUGAGGGAUAAAGUUUUAGAAUAUUUGGACAGGUUAGAAAAACAGAAUGUUAUAACUCCGAUUCAAACAAGUGAAUGGGCAUCUCCUGUUAUAGUUGUUAGGAAAAAGAAUGACGACAUUCGUUUAGUAAUUGACUGCAAAGUGUCAAUAAACAAACUCAUUAUCCCUAAUACUUACCCGUUACCUGUUGCUCAAGAUCUUUUUGCUGGUUUGGCAGGGUGUACUGUUUUCUGUGCUCUAGAUUUAGAGGGAGCAUACACUCAGUUGUCAUUAACAAAGCGUUCUAGGAAAUUCAUGGUAAUUAACACUAUAAAAGGUCUUUUUACUUACAAUAGGCUGCCACAGGGGGCUUCCUCUAGUGCAGCUAUUUUCCAACAGAUAAUGGAACAGGUGUUGCAGGGAAUUGAGAAAGUUUACGUCUAUUUGGAUGAUGUUCUCAUUGAAAACGGUGAUAUUUAG